AGGAAAAUGGUUAGAUGAACGUCGAUUUGCAAUGUGUGAAUAUCAAGAUCAAUACAAUAUCCCCAAAACUGGUCAUUUGUCAGGGCCUAUAGCUAAAGCUACUAAAAACUUCAAAACGCAAAAAAAUCCACCUACAAACAAAAGAACUUCAAAUUCUAAUGAAACUACAGCAAACAAUGAAGAAUUAAACGAUUUAGAUGCUAAAAUUGCCAAAUGA